AUGGACGAGGCAAUGGAAGCUUUGAAAUUGUUUAGGGAAUCAGAUAGUGAUAUUAGAUGUCAUCAAGCAUCUACAAGUUUCGAUGUUAGUAAGAGUGAUGAAGAUCAAGGUCACGUGGCAACACCCAAUGGUAAAAUUAAAGGAGUUUUAGAUGAUGAUAUGCCUGGCUCAAGCAUCGCUGCAUUUGAUGGGGAUGUCUAUGGAGGAACAGUAGAUGCUGGAAAGCAAAAUGCUGGAAGACUAAAUGCACAAAGUCCAAAUCUUUAUUAUAUAAAAUUUAUCAUGGGAUUCAUCUCUAGGAUUCAUCUGAAUUGUUUGUUGUGGAUACUUGUUUCUCAGGAGCUUAAGGACGUGCUGCGCAAUGUUCCUGAGCUAGAAGAAUUGGUUGGGGGUAGCAAUGCCGAGCAAUUUUUAUAUUUCAGUGAACAAGAUAGGGAUGCAAAAGUAAAAGCAAUUCUUGAAUAUAUCUUCAGUCAGCUUUUGUCAUCAAGUAGAGAGAAAAUUUUUGAAGUGAUCUCUAAAAUAAAAAGGCGUUUGCAUCUGGAAAUGCAGGAAAGGGAAUUGACGGAUAAAGAACAAUUAGUGCUGAGACUAGAGAGUCAAUACCCUGCUGAUACAGGUGUAAUAGCUGCAUUUCUAUUGAACUAUGUAAAGCUGAACCGUGGUGAAGCAUUGUAUCUAGGGGCAAAUGAACCCCAUGCAUAUAUUGCUGGUGAAUGCAUUGAAUGCAUGGCAAACUCAGACAAUGUUGUUCGUGUAGGCCUUACCUCUAAACGCCGGGAUAUUCAAACUCUUCUUGCUAUGCUAGAAUAUAGACAGGGUUUUCCGGAGAUAUUGCAGGGUGUUUCCUUGAAUCCAUAUACAACAAGGUACCUCCCACCUCUUGAUGAAUUUGAAGUUGAUCUCUCUGUUAUUCCUCGGGCUGCAUCAGUAGUUUUCCCCUCAGUCCCGGGACCAUCUGUUCUUUUGUUCAUUAUGGGGAGAGGGACAAUUGCUGCAGGAUUUUCUAAGGAUGGUAAGGCUGGAGAGGGAGAGGUUCUCUUUGUACCUGCUUGUACUGAGAUCAGGAUAACAGCUGAAUCAGCAGAGUUGCAUUUGUACAGAGCUGGAGUGAACAGUAGAUUCUUUGAGGAUUUGUGAUUAAUGUAACCAUAAUUAUAGGGGAAAAAAAAAAAAAUAGCACCGUGUCCUAUGUUUUAUGAUCCAUUUAUUUGAUAAUUACAUAAAACAAUAAAAAGAAUGGAGUUGCACUGUUCAUUGGUGGCAACCAAUCUGUAACACACUGUUCUAUAAGCUUUCCGCUAUUUCACUAGCUCA